CGAUCAGUCGAGUGCCAGCUUGGGCGCAAAACGGGCCACAAACCACGGAUCUCGGUUUCAAUUCGAGAUAGUUUCGUUUUGCAAUUGUUACGAGGGGAGGGGUCAAAAAAAAUAAAUAAAUAAAUAAACUGUCGCGUUCGUGGAAAGAUAAAUAAAUCGAAAAAAGUGGGGCCCAGCGUGUUUUGAAAUCGGCUCUUGGCAUCGACAAACACCGAACUGCAACUGAAAACGCUGCACAUUAUCCAUUAAUUGAGGGGAUAUAAAGCGUGUGAUAAGCGCACAAUAAUUACAUAAAUUAUUUUAGCACUAAUUAAAGCCCCGACCAAGUUUAAACCAUAAAUGACAGUGUCAGUGUUAAUAAGCCCCGAACAGUUGCAGUGAAUACAGUGCCAGUUUUACACAAAGGAAAAGGAGUUCACAUUGCAUAAACCUCAAAAACAAAAAAAAAACAAGUCCAAGCAUCCCUAAAUCAGUGCAAGUAACCACCUCAGUGAGAGAUACACAUAUAUCGUAUAUACUUAUCUUAUAAAAGGCCCAUCAAACGAAAUCUUCUGUAAUUUGCUCAAUUGGCGCGUUUGUCCGGCGAUCAGCGUUUGGCGGCCCGUAUCCAAGAGAUACUUUUGCAGUAUCUUUAUGGUAUAUACAAUUUGAUUGCUCUCUUUUUCGAAUCAAAGUCAAGUGCCACAACCCGAAGAUGGGCAUUAGCAAACUAGCUUUCUUGUCUCUUUUGGCCCUGAGUUCACUGUGCGGAUUGGCCAGUGCCACCUACAAAGUGGGCGUGGGCCGAGCGGACAUCACAGGACCGCCAGUGGAGAUCAAUUUUAUGGGCUAUGCCCACAUCAAGCAGGUGGGUCGUGGCAUCCACACCCGAGUGUUUGCCCGUGCUUUUGUGGUGGAGGACGAGAAGGGCAACAGAGUGGCCUUCGUAAGUGCAGAUGCCGGGAUGAUGGGCUUCGGCCUGAAGAGGGAGGUGAUAAAGCGUCUGCAGGCACGCUAUGGCAAUGUCUAUCAUACUGACAACGUGGCCAUAAGUGGCACCCACACCCACGGAGCACCGGGUGGAUUCCUGAUGCACCUGCUCUACGACAUCUCCAUUCUGGGCUUUGUUCCCCAGACCUUUGAGGUCAUGUCCCAGGGGAUUUAUUUGGCCAUUAAACGUGCCACAGACAACCUGGUCGAUGGUCGCAUCUUUCUGUCCAAGACCACAGUGCUGAAUGUCAACAUCAAUCGUUCGCCCACAUCCUACCUGAGGAAUCCCGCCGAGGAACGGGCCCAAUACGAACACGACACGGACAAGACACUGACUCAGCUGAGAUUUGUGGACCUGGAGAACAAUCUGCUGGGUGCUUUCAACUGGUAUGCAGUCCAUGCUACAUCGAUGAACAACACCAACCAGCUGGUGACCAGCGAUAAUGUGGGCUAUGCUGCUCUCCUCCUGGAAAAGGAGUACAAUCCGAAUAAGAUGCCUGGGAAGGGGAAAUUCGUGGGCGCAUUCUGCUCCUCGAACCUUGGAGAUGUUUCCCCCAACAUAAUGGGUCCCAAGUGCUCCAUUUCUGGCAAUGAAUGCGACCUGCUGUCUUCCCGUUGUCCCGCUGGCGAGGGCGAAUGUUUUGCCUCCGGACCGGGAAGGGAUAUGUUCGAGAGCACCCAGAUUUUGGGCCAAAGGUUGUCGGAUGCUGCUCUGGGAUUGCUCAACGAACAGAGCCAGGAAUCCACUGCUCGGGAGGUGACUGGAGACGUGAGGUUCAUCCACCAGUUUGUGGACAUGCCCAAUUACAAUGGUAGCACCUACAAUCCGCUGACCAGAAAGGUCGACAAGGUCAGAGGUUGCCAGCCCGCCAUGGGUUACAGCUUUGCUGCCGGCACCACCGAUGGACCGGGAGCCUUCAGCUUCGAGCAGGGAACCACCACGGACAACGCCAUGUGGAACUUUGUGCGCGACUUCAUUGCCGCUCCCACGCAGGAGGACAUCAAGUGUCAUGAGCCGAAACCCAUUCUUUUGGCCACCGGCAGAGCCACCUUCCCCUAUGAGUGGCAGCCAAAGAUUGUCUCAGAUCAGCUGCUGAAAAUUGGAGACGUUAUUAUUGCAGCCGUGCCCUGCGAAUUCACAACGAUGGCAGGACGACGACUCCGAAAUCAAAUCCGUGCCGCAGCCUCCGCCGCUGGAGGCAUCGAUACCGAGGUGAUCAUCGCCGGACUGACCAACAUAUACACCAGUUACACAGUGACCCCGGAGGAGUACCAGGCGCAGCGUUACGAGGCAGCCUCCACGAUCUUCGGGCCCCACACACACUCCAUUUACAUGGACGUAUUCGAGCGACUGACCAAGGCAAUGAUGCGGAACGAGACCGUGGAUGCGGGUCCGAGUCCGCCGUACAUGAACGAUGUGAUGCUAUCGCUGAAUACCGGAGUGCUCUUCGACGGACACCCCAUAAACACGGACUUUGGCUACGUGAAAUUGCAGCCCAACAAGGAGUACGGCAUUAACGAGACCGUGAAGGUCACCUACAUUUCCGGAAAUCCGCGAAACAACCUGUUUACCGAGAAAACUUACUUCACCGUGGAGCGCAAGAUUAACGAGGAUCGCUGGAAGGUGGCCUACACGGAUGCCAGUUGGGAGACCAAGAUGGUCUGGCAUCGAACCAACACGAUCCUGGGCUUCAGCGAACUGGACAUCUAUUGGAACAUAAGUCCGCAAACGCUUCCCGGGGAAUAUCGCAUCCGACACUCCGGAGAGUACAAGUACAUCCUGGGCGGAAAGUAUCCCUAUGAGGGUCUCACGCACUCCUUUACGGUCAAAGAGGACUAGGGGACUUGCACCAUGGAGUGAUCCUAUAAAUAUUCCUGGCCAGACAAUUGUCGGGUCCAUCAAACGCAAAAACCAACACUGAAUCCAUGUAUUUAUUUACCAUUUGUAAGUGACGAAGGAAAAGCUUUAUUUUUGCUAAACGCGAAUAAAAAAGAUGCCAAAUUUUGUUGAAACUAA